AGAUGUCUCCUGACUCCAUGGAUUACUUGGGAGAGUCAGAAUCUCAAAUUGUAUACCUGGCCCUGCUACUGCCUUAUCUUCAGUUUUUCCUUUUCUUCUUCAUUCUGCGAUGUCUAGAAAAGAACUUCAGGAAGGAAGGAAUGAGAAACGACCCUGUAUUCAGAAUUUCUCCAAAAAGUAGUGAUGUUUUCCCAAAUCUGGAAGAACCUGAAGUGGAGGAUGAAGAUGUUCAGAUGGAAAGAACCAGAACAGCAAACGCUGUGACUGUCACAGACACAGAUGAGGUAGAGGUCACAAAGAUGCCCACCCAGUAUUCUUUUCUGUCAGAUAAAGGGAGCAAUGCUCUAAUCUUAAGCUUUGAAAAACACUUGAAGUUCUUUCAUUCUUACACACAGAGCUCUUGA